UGUCCUCGUCGUACCUUCUUGGCUACUGUCAUCCUGGCCAUGAAAUUCCUAUACGACAGUACACAUUCCAACCGUGAAUGGGCCCUUCUAUGCCGGCUUACUCCUAGAGAAGUCAGUAAAUGCGAACGCACUAUUGGGAACGCGCUUCAUUGGCGUCUCUGGGUU